AUGUCGUGCUUCAACCUCUCACUUCGCCCGUACAGCCCGGGCGCAGAUAGUCCAGGCUCCUCGGUCUUUGACCUACCAACACAACAAGACAGACCUGUAGAGCGACCAACCCCAGAUCUUCAGACUACCGACCCCGGCCAGAUUUCAAAGAAUAUCGAGCGAGAGGACGGUGGUCCUUCAUUCCUGGUGAUAUCUGGCGGCACGGGCUGCAACUCGAUAUGCCCUGCCUUCGGGAACGCGUGUUAUGUGCUGCCAGUGUCGGACGACGGAGGGUCGUCGAGCGAGAUCAUCCGUGUCCUGGGCGGACCGUCCAUCGGCGAUAUACGGUCGCGUCUCGUACGGCUGAUCCCACCAGCAGCGCCGUCGGCCCCCCUUGACUGCAUUCGCAACCUCCUGGCAUAUCGGCUAUCGGCAGACAGAUCGGAACGCGAGGCUCGCGACGAAUGGCGAGACAUAGUGGAAGGUCGCAGCUCGCUCUGGUCUGGAAUUCCAAAUGACAGGAAGGAAAUGAUUCGAGGUUUUCUCGUACAUUUUGAGAGCGAAGUUCUCAAGAGAGCACAUAAGAAUUUCUCGUUUGUCAACGGCAGCAUCGGCAACUAUUUCCUCUCUGCGGCCCAAGCAUUCUUCAGAUCUUUGCCAUCUGCCAUCUUCCUCUUUUCGUCCAUAACGAAUAGCCAGGCAAACAUCCUCCCGGUGAUAGUGACAAACCAUACUGUCACGAUCGCCGCCGAACUAGAGAACGGCUGCCGCCUGGUCGGGCAAUGCGAGAUAUCUCAUCCAGUCAAGCAGCCACUGGGCAUCAACAUCAUUGCACCUGAAGCAGAGCACGAGGACAAUGCGGAUACGGACGCUCUCGACGGGGUGAUAUCACCACAGCGGAACGUAUUGUUCCAGUCUGAGGCUAAAGGAGAGUACGAACCUCUGGAUGCGAGCAUUGUCAGGCUCUAUUAUAUCAAUGCAUACGGCAGCGAAAUCCAUCCGUCCCCCAACCCGGACUACAUAGCCAAUUUGUCGUUGAAUGAUGUGCUCGUUUAUUCGUGCGGGUCACUUUGGACGAGCAUUAUUCCGUGCCUUGCACUUAAAGGCGUUGCUAAUGCCAUUGCUCGAUCACGGUCACUCAAAGCCAAAGUUCUCUUGUUGAAUUCUCGCAACGAUCGCGAGACCGACGGUUACACAGCGGUCGAUUACAUCACAACGAUCGUCCGAACCCUAAACACUCCUUAUCACUCCCAGACAUACGGAGGCCUCGGCAGGGUUGAAACCACGUACCCGGUGUCUGCCUUCGUGACGCACCUCGUAUACCUAAAAGGGACUUUGGUAGAAGUUGACGUUGCGCGGAUCACGGCAAGUGCCCUCGGCGUGAGAUGUGUGCAAGUCGAGGGCAGCCUGGAUAAGACCAAUCAGCCUCAGUUUGACGCAGCCUGUGUACGGCAGGCAGUCGAAGGGAUCAUGGAGAUGGACACACGACAGUGUUAA